CCCUCCCUCUCUCUCUCAACACCCUGCAAAUUAAAUUUGGCCAAUUAUAUACCUUGUUUUCUUUCAAUUUUUCAGUUAAUAGCUCCCUGAAAUUGUAAUUAAGCUUUUAGCUUUUGAAAGAACAAAAAACAGAGCUGGGAAAAUGAAGGAGAGUGGCAGAAAACAAGGUGCUAUGUCUCCAUGCGCAGCAUGCAAGCUUCUGAGAAGGAGAUGUGCGCAGGAUUGCGUGUUUGCUCCUUAUUUUCCAGCUGACGAGCCCCAGAAGUUUGCCAGUGUGCACAAGGUUUUUGGUGCCAGCAAUGUCAACAAAAUGCUACAGGAAUUACCAGAGCACCAGCGCAGUGAUGCAGUGAGCUCCAUGGUGUAUGAAGCAAAUGCCAGAGUGAGGGAUCCAGUGUAUGGCUGUGUAGGAGCAAUCUCAUCUUUACAACAACAAAUCGAUGCCCUCCAAACCCAAUUGGCCAUUGCUCAAGCUGAGGUGGUGCACAUGAGAAUGGGCCAAUUCUCAACUUCAUCAGCAACAUCCAAUGCUGCCACCACCACCACUUGUUCACCUGAUCAAAAAUCAACGGCUCCUAAUCAUUCUCAUCAUCAUAAUCAUCAGACUACCAAAUCCUUUUUUACCAUGGACAUGGUGGUUGAUCAGGCCAAUAUGGGAGAGUCUUUGUGGUCAUGUUAGCUACCUACCUUAAUUUGCAUGCUAGCUACCACUUUAAUUAUUAUAUAUCUGUUGUUUUCUAAUACGUAAUUAGUACAUGGGCUUGCUUUAGUGUCUGCCUCUUUAAUUAUUACCUUUUUUUUAAAAUUUUCCUUUUACUUUCUUAGUGCAUCUCCCUGUCUCUCUACUUGACUAGGGAUGAUGAUGAUUAAUGAAUUAACCAUAUUGUAAAUGUGUACUAAUUACUUUA